AUGAUUGGACCCACUGAGGUGCUGCCUUCUGUGACGCCGCUGAGAGGCUCUCCAGAGCAGCUUGUCUUACACAACCUUGAAGAGACCUCCAAAUGUGAUCGCUGCAAUCAACUGCCUGUGGCCUUCAAACGUUUUUCCCAAACGUGCAAACAACACAAACGUCCAUCAGCUGAUGAAAGGCUAAACCAGUGUGGUAUAUCCAUACAAUGGAAUCGUUUAUUGGACAUGAAAGGGAAGGAUGUACAGGUCCCAGCAAGGCAGAAUCUGGAAAUCAUCAUUUUAAGUGAUGCCAUAGGAGAGCCCAGAGGAGGGAAGUCUGCAGAAGCAGAAAGUAGAUUCCUGUCUGGGUGUCCCGGCUCGCGGCCUGCAUGCGGCGCCCGUGUGGAGGGUCCCACCCCCGCGUCCCACGUGCCUUCCAGGCGUCCAGAGGCCAACGGUCCCCAACCGCGGGCGCUGCAGCUCCUGUCGAGUCCGCAGACCCCGGGAACAUCCGGAAGGCGAACCCCAGUUGCAAGGCCCGCCCUGGCGACUACCAUGAGCAGCUCGCCCGGCAGGGCCCAGCCUGCGCCGUCCCCCGGGGGUCGUCCGAUCCCACGACCACCGCCGUCCCUGACUCCGGGCCCCGUUCAGAGCGUCCAGUGGGGGCGGCCGGCACCCAGCACCCGCAUCCCCGAGGUGCGGCCCCGCCAGGACCUCGCCAAGCCCCAGCGGGGGAUCCCCGAGACCUGCAGCAGCCCGACACGGCCCGGGGACACCGCCCCGGGGCGAGACUCCUCCUGCGCUGGGGAGGAUUGCACGAAGUGGGGGCUGCGGAGAACCCCGAACCCAGGAAGCACCUGGAGCCCGGUGACCAUCAGGAUUGCCCUUCCCGAGCACGCGGAGAGCCCCCGGGGGUCCCCAGGACAGCGAGCCCGCUCCGCUGCCCAGGAGCUCGCCGACCCCGGCGCCCCGGAGAUCCCGCAGACGGCACUGCGCGCGUGCCACAAGGGGAGCACCACGAUACAAGGGCCGCUGGGGUUGCAGGUCCCAGACAGCAAGGGCUGCAGGCGGAACCCGGAGCCCCGGCCCUCCGCCUUCAAGCCCCUGAUCAAAAACGGAGUGGUUGCUUCCUUCGUGCCCAGGCCAGGGCCUCUGAAGCCGAGCCUCGGCUCCUGGAGCCUCAGUGUCUUUGACAAUGCUCGGCCUCUGAUGCUGGUCCAGCCCGCCCAGUCCGCAGUGUGGGCGCUCUGGGAGGCCAGGCCGCCUUCCUGUGGCAGCUGCAGUACGGUCUCCUUCGCCCUCCAGGACACCCAGUCCGCCGGCUCCUAAGAAUCUGCCCCCCCCCCACCUCCUAGACUCAGGUUUUCAUAUCUACUUCCACUUGCUCAUCCUUGCUGUACCCCAACAUGGGACCCUGACCCCACGUUAUCAAGCAUCCCGCCCUGGGCCCCGUCUGCAUACCCCCACUCUUCCCUUUGCGCUCCCUGCCACCCCAGCAGCUGUUGAUUUCAGCUUUGCCCUGUUGGCCCUCUCCUCCCUGCCCUUCUUCCUGCCCUUCCUCUGAAAAGAGGCAUUUCAGGAAGGCUUGCUUUUUCUCCGAGCCUUCCGGUUUGUAUCGUUAGACUGCCCAGUUUGUAUAGUUAAAUAUUUGAUCUUAUUAAAAACAUAUCUCUGCACAAAAUCUACAUAUUUAUAAUAACAACAAAAUAGCUUUUUAUGCCAAAACAAAGGGGAAAGUGUUUUCCAGGCAAGGGCAAGGGUGUGGGGGAUAAUUUCCGUUUAACUGAAGUCCAAAUGUAAGCCCAGUAGAACUGGAGACUGGUGAGAGAGAAGAUACGAGGUUACAGAAAGAGACUGUGAUGAAUACUACAAGGCAUUGGGGCCAGAGUACAGGGUUUAUUCGAAAACCAGCAGUGUUAAGCAGAGGACAGUCUGUGAUCUGGUUGAUAUUUUUAAAAACACGAUUCUGGCUACAACAACGGAAACAGAAGGCACCGGAGAUCAGUACAGUAUUUCAAGAAAGCCAUGAGGAUAGUUUGCUCUGAGAGGCAAGUGGUGCAUCUGAAAGGGUACAGAUAAGUUUGGGGUUGACCUAAAAGUUAGUGUGGGACCUGCUAGUGCCCUAAGUGAUAGCACUGGGAAAGGGGAAGGAUCCAAUAAUUUGAGCAUAUGGGCUCAAGAAACUGGAUGAUGAUAGUGUCAUUUCUCAGGAUGGGCACUACCAAUAGGGAAACUAUUUGAAGAAAUCAGGAGUUUUGUUCAGGGUAUGUUUGCUACAACAACUAAAGCAAUUGCUGUGCUGCUGGUCCUGUGAACUGAGCUAUUGAAAAGAUAAUCCUGGAACUCAUUGGACGGUUUGAGGCUGGAGAACUACGUUUGGGAUUCAUUAUAAGGGAUAAAUUCCUUAUAAUACUGAAAUGGUCCAUAAAGCCACAGGCUACAUGAGAUCAUUUAUGAAGAAAAUAUAGACAGAGAAUUGCAAGGGUGAAGGCUACAGUACUCCUAUAUUUAAACUUGAGAGUGGAUCAAGAAGAACCCUCAAAACCAAGAGCCGUGAGGUAGAAGAACAUCCAGGAGCAGCAGGGACACUGUUCCAGAGCAUGGAAUUGAUCUACCAUGGUGGCUGCCUUUGAGAAGAGAUGUUCCUUCCCUCAUGUCAGAAGAGAAAUUCCUUUAGAGUGUUGCAAGUGGGAAGCCUGAACUGCAUGGGAGAUGGAAGGAAGGGAGGGUGUGUUAGUCCACCUGCAGUGCCAUGAAGGAUUACCCGAGACUGGGUAAUUUAGAAAGAAAAGAGUUUAAUUUUUGUUCUGCAAGCUAUGCAGGAAGUGUGGUGCUGGCACUGGCUUCUGGAGAAGACUUUGGAAGCUUCCAGUCAUGGGGAAAGGCCAAGGGUAAACAGGCACCUCACAUGGAGAUAGGCAUCAAUCAAGGAGAGAGCAGGGAGGUCCCAGAGUUUUUAUAAAUGACCAGCUUACAUGUAUCACCAAGGGGAUGGCUCCAAGCCAUUCAUGAGGAAUCCAGCUUGGGAUACAACACCUCCUACCAAGCCCAACUUCAACAUGGGUGGUUACAUUUCAACAUGAGAUUUGGAGGGGACACACAUCCAAACCAUAUCAGUGGGCUUGGAGAAGGGACUGUAGAAGCCACGAGGAAUACUAGGUUGUGAACUGACGUACGAGGAAUACUGACAUACGCAGUAAGACUGCUGGAGGAAUUUUACUUUGUCUUUAUAUUUUCUUUUAAGAAAGAAUAGGGAGCAAAUGUGAAUAAGAACAGUAUCUACACUAUUGUCCAAGCCAUAGAGGUCUUGGAGUACAAGAAAAAGUGGCUUUGCUGCAGGGCAGGGCACAGGUAAGAUGAAGAAGGGCAGGCAGGUGAUGAGAACAGCUGUAGGAGUUAAGGUUUGUGGGGAUUUUUAUGUGACUCCUCAUGAGUUUCAGCGGGGACUGUGUGAGGUUUGAGAAGACAGGAUGUGAGGUUGGGUCAGAAAUGGAAUAGAGACAUUGCUUACCUGGUAAUUCAUGGCACUAUCUCAGAGUAAUGUGGUUGAUCCAUGACAUUAUGCAAAAGAAUAUUUAUCUGGAAUGUAGGGACACAUUUUAGUAAGAGGGCAAGGACUCCUUACUGUGCACCAGCAUUGCAGUAGCUAAGGAACAGUGAUUCCCCGGUGAACAGAAGCAAACGAAGCCUCCUUCCUUGUAGCAAAAGGGCCUGGCAAUGUGUGAUGUGAACACACAGAUCCCUAGGAGAGAACAGAGAUUCUGAAACAGAUAUCUAAGAACUUAAUAUACGAAAAUGGUGACGUUCAAAAUCUCUGUGAAAAUAAUUAACUGCUGAAGAAAUUGGAUUGCAACUAUUGAACACCCAAUUAGGAAUAAGAAUAUAGGAAUGUAAUUAGCACACUCAAAUAGCUUGCUCCCCAGGAUCCCUUUAGUGUUCCAAUACCUUUAAACCUCUAUCAAUUUGAUAGCGCUUUUACAACAAAUUCAUUUAAAUAUGUUAGCAAACCAGUCCACAAAAACCUUUUUGGUUAUGUAGGUAAUUAUUUCAUAGGAGAACCAAAUGUAAGUGCAGAAAGAGAUUUGCUUUCUUGUAAGCUUAAUAAUUUGAGAGGACUUAAGUAGAGUUAAACAAAACAAUUCCUUUGAAUUAGGUGUGGGCCAGUUAUAAUACACUGGGAAAUAUCCACAAGUAAUGAAAACUUGAAAUACAAGUGGCUGGAGAGGAGGCUACUUUUAUAAUCCACAUAGCAGACCAGGGGUUACUAUUUCACAGUGGUAAGCCAUCACUAAAUAUAUCAAUGACAAGAAAAUAGAGAAUACAUAGAAUUACUAAAAUCAUAACUCUACAGUUCAUAUAACAAAUAAUUCAAAUUAUUAAUAAACGUAAAAUACUCAAAAAUGUUCUAUAUAUUCACAGAAAUAUAUAUGGAAUUUCCACUCAUCAUUGCAAAAAUCAAGGUCUGCUAAUCUCCUUUGUAGGAGACCAGAUAAUAUAAUCUAAAUUUGGUAAAUUGAUCAGAAUGAAAGUCUGCAAAUUAUCUCUGCAUGUAAAUUCUUAAUUACUCUUCUAUUUUGGCAGUGUCAUUUAAUUUUAACAAAGUAUUCAAUAUGCAGUAAAGACAUGAGCCAUGA